AUGCAGGUGACCCUGGUGACCCUCGUGGCCCUGGUGGCCCUGGUGGCCCUGGCGGGCUCAGAGCCCCUGGACGCGGCCGGGGUGGCCCAGCUGGUGACAGAUUUUGGGCUGCGGCUGUUCCGGGCGGCGCUGGCGGCCCGAGGUGACACCAACGCCAUCUUGUCACCCUACGGGGCCGCCUCGGUGCUGGUGGCCCUGCAGGUGGCCACGGCCGGGAGGGGACGGCGGCAGCUGGAGGAGGCCAUGGGCUUCAGCAUCGACGCCCCGGGGGUCCCGUUGGCGCUGCGGGCGCUGCUCCGCUCCCUGCGGGGCCGCUCGCACCGCCUGGAGGCCGCCCAGGGGCUCUUCGUGGCCCGGGGGGUGACCCCGAGCGGCGCCUUCGUCACCCGAAUCCGCCGCGCCCUGGGAGCGCCCGGGAUCGCCCGCCUGGAGCUGCGGCACGGGGAGGGGGCGCGGAGGGCCCUGAACGCCUGGGCACGGCAGAGAACGCGAGGUGGGACCCCCGGGAUGGGGGAUUUGGGGAUUUGGGGAGGGGGCGCGGAGGGCCCUGAACGCCUGGGCACGGCAGAGAACGCGCGCGCCGAAUUCUUCGGGGGGUCCUGGGGGGUCCCGUUCCCCCCCGGCGCCACCCGGGCCCGGCCCUUCCUGCGCCCCGACGGCUCCGAGGGCAGCGCCGACAUGAUGGAGGCGACGCUGAGGCUGAGAUGCGGUGACUUCGAGUCCCCCGGGGGGGUCCCGUUCGCGGUGGCCGAGGUGCCGUACGCGGGGGGGGAGGUGGCCCUGCUGCUGGUGGCACCCCAGGAGCGCCACGUGCCCGUUGUCACCCUGGCGCCGCUGCUGGACGCGCGCACCGUCACCAACUGGGUGGCACAGCUGCGGCCGGCGCCGCGCGUGCUGGCACUGCCACGCUUCUCCCUGGAGAGCUCCUGGGACCUCCGGGGUCCCCUCAAGGCCUUGGGGAUCCUCGACCUCUUCGACCCCGAGCGCGCCAACUUCUCCCCGGUGACAC